UCUCCCGGGCGGCGGGCGGCGGUUACGGCGGGUGCGUUUUGCUUCCUGCAGAUAGUUCCUCCGAAGGAGUGGAAGCCGCGGCGGUGCUACGAUGACAUCGACGAGCUCGUCAUCCCAGCGCCCAUCCAGCAGGUGGUGACGGGGCAGUCCGGCCUCUUCACGCAGUACAACAUCCAGAAGAAGGCCAUGACGGUCCGCGAGUUCAGGAGAAUCGCCAACAGCGACAAGUACUGCACACCCCGCUACACGGACUUUGAAGACCUUGAACGAAAGUACUGGAAGAACCUUACAUUCAAUGCCCCUAUCUACGGCGCUGAUGUUAAUGGCACGCUUUAUGACAAGCAUGUAGAUGCGUGGAAUAUUGGCAGAUUGAACACGAUCCUGGAUAUUGUGGAGAAUGAAAGCGGCAUAACCAUUGAAGGAGUGAAUACUCCUUACCUAUAUUUUGGCAUGUGGAAAACUUCCUUUGCUUGGCAUACCGAGGACAUGGAUCUCUACAGUAUUAAUUACUUGCAUUUUGGGGAACCCAAGUCAUGGUACUCUAUCCCUCCAGAGCAUGGGAAGCGACUGGAAAGACUUGCAAAAGGUUUCUUUCCAGGAAGUGCCCAAAGCUGUGAGGCGUUUCUCCGUCACAAGAUGACCCUCAUCUCUCCAUCAAUUCUGAAGAAAUACGGCAUCCCAUUUGAUAAGGUGACACAGGAGGCUGGAGAAUUCAUGAUAACCUUUCCUUAUAGCUAUCAUGCUGGCUUUAAUCAUGGCUUUAACUGCGCUGAAUCUACCAACUUUGCUACUCUUCGGUGGAUUGAGUAUGGGAAGCAGUCUGUACUGUGCUCUUGUCGAAAGGACAUGGUGAAGAUCUCCAUGGAUGUGUUUGUGAGGAAGUACCAGCCAGAUCGUUACAAGCUUUGGAAAGCCGGGAAGGACGUGACUGUCAUUGACCAUGCUCUUCCAACCCCAGAGGCAGCAGAGUUCCUUAAAGGGGAUCUCAUGCAAAAAGUCAAGAAUGGGAAACAGUGUGCUGAGGAAAUGGAAACAGGAGAGACGUGCAAAGAGGAAGUGGAUGGGGAUGAGACAAAAAGCAUCCCCAAGCAUCGCAUAGGAACAAAAAGGCACAGGGUCUGCCUGGAAGUGCCUCAGGAGGUGAGUGAGAGCGAGGCCUUCCCCAAGGAGGAGCUGAGUUCUGCGCAGUAUGAAGUGGACAUGGCAGAGCCUCGUGAGAGACCUACGAGUGAACUUGUGCAGCAAGGUGAACAAAGGCUCAAGCAUCCAGAUCGUGUGGACUCAGCCAAAUUUGAAGAACUGAAAACAGUGAAGCUUGAGGAGGAAGAAGAGGAAGAACAAGAAGCAGCUGCAUUGGAUCUCUCCAUUUCACAUGCUUCAAAUUCCACUUCAGUGUUGCCACCUUCAAAGCAGAGUGCAACGUCCAGUGUUCAGUCCAGUUCGCCUGCGUAUUCUGGUUCUUCAGACUCUGAAUCGACUGAUCUGUUGGCAAAACGAACUCUUCCUGGGCCAGCUGGGGUGCUUACAGUCCAUAGCUAUGCUAAAGGGGAUGCCAGCGGAUCUGACAAUGAACAGACUUCAGGAAAGCAAGCCAGUGCCACUGCCAGCGUGAAUGAGCAAGAACUGGCAGAGGUAGCAAAGGAGUACAUAAGAUCAAUGAAGGAGAGUAAGAAGUCCAAGGGUCGUCGCCAGCCAUUGAGCAAGCUGCCACGCCAUCACCCGCUCUUGGUUAAAGACUGCAUUAGUGAUGACGAGGCAUCAGAGCAGCUAACUCCUGAAGAAGAGGCUGAGGAGACAGAAGCAUGGGCCAAGCCACUUAGCCAGCUGUGGCAGAAUCGGCCACCAAAUUUUGAGGCCGAAAAAGAAUACAAUCGGACCAUGGCUCAGCAGUCUCCUUACUGUGCUGUUUGUAUGCUCUUCCAGACGUAUCAGGCAGAGUGUGGAGGCAACAGUCAAAACUCUGGAGUAGCUCCAGCUGCUGUGGAUGGGAAGAUCCGAACCAAACCCCUGAUUCCUGAAAUGUGCUUUACUACAACUGGCUGCAGCACUGACGUCAAUCUUUCAACGCCCUACUUAGAGGAAGAUGGAACCAGCGUACUCAUCACCUGCAAGAACUGCCGUGUCUGUGUUCAUGCAAGUUGUUAUGGUGUAUCCCCUGACAAGGCCACUGAAGACUGGAUGUGCUCCAGGUGUACAGAAAAUGCCUUAGAAGAGGACUGCUGUUUGUGUUCAUUACGAGGAGGAGCACUGCAGAGAGCCAAUGAUGACAAGUGGGUUCAUGUGAUGUGUGCUGUAGCUGUACUGGAGGCAAAAUUUGUGAACAUUGCAGAGCGGAGUCCUGUAGAUGUUGGCAAAAUCCCCCUGCAACGUUUCAGACUGAAAUGCAUCUUCUGCAAGAAACGAAGAAAGAGAAUUGCAGGUUGCUGUGUACAGUGCUCACAUGGUCGGUGUCCCACAUCCUUUCAUGUCAGCUGUGCCCAAGCAGCAGGAGUCAUGAUGCAGCCUGAUGACUGGCCAUUUGUUGUCUUCAUUACCUGCUUCAGGCAUAAGAUUCCAUCUCAGGCAGAGCGAGCUAAGGCUGCACUCCAGGAUCUGUCACCUGGACAGAUAGUCAUCAGCAAGCACAAGAAUGGUCGCUUCUAUCAAUGUGAAGUGGUCAGCCUUGCAAAGGAGACUUUCUAUGAGGUCAACUUUGAUGAUGGUUCCUUCAGUGAUAACCUGUAUCCAGAGGACAUUGUGAGUCGAGACUGUCUUCAGUUAGGUCCCCCUGCUGAAGGGGAAGUUGUGCAGGUGAGAUGGACAGAUGGACAAGUUUAUGGAGCCAAGUUUGUCGCAUCACAUGCCAUCCAGAUGUACCAGGUGGAAUUUGAAGAUGGGUCACAGCUGAUGGUGAAAAGGGAUGACGUGUAUACUCUUGAAGAGGAGCUUCCUAAGAGAGUGAAGUCAAGGCUGUCAAUAGCUUCAGAUAUGCGCUUCACAGAGAUCUUCGCAGAGAAGGAGGUCAGACAGGAGAGGAAGAGACAAAGAGUGAUCAAUUCACGCUACCGUGAAGAUUACAUUGAACCUGCAUUGUACCGGGCCAUCAUGGAGUAAGCGCUGCCUGUGGCAGAGGAAGAAGAUGCCCAUCUCCCCCAAGGAUUUAAAUGCUCCAGUACAACAGGCCAUAUUUGGAUGCUUCGAAUCCAGGGUUUUUUUGUUUUGUUUUUUAAGGAAGCUAAAAAGCUGAUGCUCUGCAGUAGCUGAAAGGCAGCUGUUGGAUAGUGAAACAGAUCCCAUUUGCUGAAGCUGAUGCCUGCAGACUCCUGGUCUGAAGUUGGGUCCUUACUGAAUAAGCCAGCUUGGGGGUGUUGCUUUCAUCUCGUCGAGCAGUCUUGCUUUUUUUAUUAGAGACAAUUUUGACAGGUGGCAAACUCUUCUGAGAGUUGUAGCCAGGAAUCUUGGCAGCUGCAGAAUAGUACAGUCUAUUGUUUUAAUUGAAUAAUGUUCCUGAUUUUGGGAGUCUCCCUGGUGACCACACCUGGGCUUGAGCAGGCAGUAUUACUGGUGCUUGAAAUUGAACCUCUUUUUAUAUUUAUAUCCAUCUUUUUUGUCGCAAGCAGCUUCAGUCUCUUGUUUCUCAGCACCUCCUUUCUGAGGGUUGAGCUAUAGGCUGUUCAGGUCCAAGCAGACAGGAGGUGCUUGUGUGAACAGGUGAAAUGUGAAAUUGAAUCCUAUAAGACAAAUUAUUUAACCCUCCGUUUAAUAUUUUUGUUCUGAUACUUGUUUUGACUGACUUAAUCAUAAGUUUAACUGUAAUAGUAUGUGCCUCAGAAUCAAUGAAUCUUUGUCUGGAGCCCUGCGCAGUGCAGCCUUCUAACAAGAAUAGGGUUUCAGCUCCCAAUAGACAUUUAGCUCCCAAAGAGUUUCUUUUGAAUUUCUCCCCACCCCCUCUAAGGCAAUAAUAACUGAAGGGACAGAGUCCUAACUCUCCCUUCUUGAAUCCAAGCAUCACAGUAUUGGGGAUGACAGGGCAGCAGUAUCUGAAGCAGUGCAGUACCUCUUCUGUGGCAGCACUGUCUGUCGUGUGGCUGCAGGCUUUUGCUUACAACAGCUAAUAUUGGGUCUGAGACAGAUAGACAGAUAAAGCAUGCACUGAACUGUAUGUAUUACUGAAAGGCUGUGCAAUGCUCUUCUGAAGCAGGAGUGCUGCUGUGUUGCUGUCUGGCAAAGGUUACCGCAGCAUUUUUAUAGAGUAUUAGUAGGGCACAUCUCAGUUGUGUUGGAGAGAACUUGCUACCCCAGCAAUAGGGAGCUGAGUUAAGCUGGGUAGUAGGUGCGCCCGGAAGAUGUGCCAACUUGCUCCUAGUAAUUUAAGCAUUAGCGCACCACAGUAGGAGCCAUGUAAAUACAUGUUCCUUUCCCGUUCUGUAGGAAAGGGACUUUAGGCUGUGGAGCAGAUUGGCCACCUUCUUUUUGCAUGGAAUGAUGGGGUGACUUUUCCUGCUGGAGAAAACUAUGGUUAUGUGUUCUCCAGAACCAGUUCAAGAGGAGAAUUUUCUAGUGAAACAGACGUAAUGCAUCCCUGCUUCUAUAGGGACUUGGCAAUGUGUCUGCAAAGCCUGGAUUUGUAACUUUUUUCCUUUUGUUACAUAGCAACGCUAUAAACCAAACUCUUCUGAAACCCCGGUGCAUCGAUUUGUGAUUAGCAAUAAAAUGUAGUAUGGUGUAGUGAUACAACUCUUGAUCAGAAAAGAAAUAAACUACAACUUUUAUAAAGAAAAUCUUACUUAUCCCUACAUUUUUAUAGGGUCAGGAGGCUGAUAUGAGUAGCGAAGAUUUGCACAACCACUGUUUUGCGUAGAGGUAUUCUGUCCCAUUUUUGUGGUGGAAUACCUGUUCAUCAGUAUUGGAAGGCUUAAACAGAUUCUGAAAGGAGACAGUGGCUUUCCUUUGUGGGUUUUUUUUUUGUCUUUUUCCCAUGUCCAAAACUCCUGGUCUCAGGUAUUAAAUCGCUUUCUGAUGAAUGGGAUAGUUGGCUUGAUAAAACUAGGGUCUGUUAAGACCAGAGUCUAGUAGCUGCAGUUACUCUGGUCUGGGGAAUGGGAACGAAAUUGCACUUUGAUGUCUUAGCUUGUACGUAAACCUCUCUGAAGUGACAUGCCGUGAGCAAACGUGGAGAAGAGCUGGCAGGGCCUUAACAACCUUGCCUCUGUUCUGUCAGCGUAUCUUAAGAUUUGAUCUUAACUUCUUGUAGGCUGAACACUACCUGUGUAUUACUGAAAAACAUACUCAUUGUAUCAUCUGCCAUUCUCCCUCCAGAGAAAAGGUGCCUGUGUUCAGGCUUUCUUUCCAAACUGCCAUAUAACUUAAAUGCACCUUUUAGGUGCCAUGUGCUACCUGUGCUGCAAACACCUGGCUUGACAGCUUCAUUCUAAAAUGAUGACCUAGUACAAAACAGCUGGAUUUGUUUGGAGUGCUGUUGUUCAACUGCAGCAAGUUUUGCCACCCACCUCUAGCAGUACUGAGUGACUUUCAAGAGCUCCUAUGCCCCGUAUUUGUUCUGGAAGAGGAGCUUUGUUAUGCCAUGUUUUCUGCAGGCUCCAGAUUUGCUCUUGUCAGUUGGCUGCACUGUGUUGGAAACUGCUGCCAUCCUGCACUCUGAGACAAAGGGCCUUCCCAAUUUUCCUGUCAGUUCUUGUGCUGCAUCGUUCAAAUGUGAGCGUACUUUACCUACUGCAGUGACUGAACUGCAUUUUGGCUUCUCUCUGUGAACUUAAAAAUGGUGACCCUAAUGUUUGACGGGUCUAUAUUAUUUGACUUUGCAAAAAAAUUGGGUUUAUGGCUUGAAGUAUAACAGGUAGCAAUAAAAGCUCUUUACAGAGCAGCUGUCUGAAAGGUACAUAUGCUUUCCGUUACCUGGACUUUGAUCUUGACUGAUAAUAAUUUUCUCCAGUGGUUUGUUUUUGGAAGUGUAUUUAUCCCUGUUACAGCAUCAUUCCAAUGAGGGCAAGGUGCUGCCAGAGUAUCAGCUAGGCAGGUGCUUCUUCAAUGUGUUCAGUAGGAAAUCACGCUCAAUAUGCCCCAUGGGAGCUCUGAUGGCCCUUCGUUAGGUCUGUUGCAUGUGCUGCUGCAGGCAGUAGACCUCACUUCAUUUUUCAUGAAGCUUCCAUCUGCGGCUGGUUCAGGCUGGACCCAUAAAAAGCAUUUUUAUUAUAAACUGAUAGUGGCUUGCCCUCAAUUCAGGAUGAGCUUGGCAAGCCAGUGAUUACUUUUUGUAAAGUUUAAAAAGGUGACUGUAUUCUUUGUAAAGCACCUGACUGCAGUAAUGUUUCUGCCUGUGGCUGGACUUCUAGGAGACCUUUUUCUCCAUCAGCAGACCCCUUAGAUGACCAGAGAUAGUACCAUCAGUAGUAGGACCCAUUCUCCUCGCUCCUCUUUCUUCCCAGUGUUUUGAGCUGGGUUGAAUUGAUUCUGCACUGGUUGAGGAGCAUAGCCACAUAUCCCAAGGCUUCCAAUGCAUCUCUGUUCUUCCAUUCUCUAACUGGGCUUCUGUUGUCUGACAUGUCUGCAGUUGUGCUUGUUUUUUAAUGCAAACACGGGAUGAAAUCAAGACUCUGGUAGCCUGUACGUUGUUUUCAAUUUGAUCGAGUAAUAAAUCUAACUUCAAAAUGGACAAUCUGUAGACUAAUUUAAGAACUAAAGCAAUGUAACCUGGAAAUUCUCAUCGUGCUUCCAAUUCUUCUGUUAGCAUUAUUCCUUUCUAAGCAUCGCCUUAAUACUUAUCCAGUGACUUCUCAGGUGUCUUUCAGAGAUGCUAAGUGGAGUUCUGUUAAGGACUCAGUCCAGCGUGGCUGUUCAGCUAGAACAGGGCCAGAGCCAUAAUCGUCCCUCCUCAUUGAAGUACAGACCUGAGACAUCUGCAGUAAGAGCUGAGUUGCCUUAGGUUCGCUCUGUAGCUGCAGGUGGCAGUGCCAGCAGAGGAGUCAUCAGAAAAUCUUACCUGGUGCAGAGUCAAACAGCUCUGUUCUUUACUUCAGUGUUGACUCUUGAAUUUCACAGUGCUGGUUAAGACUUGCUGAACUGGCAGGCAGAGAAAGGAGAUUCUUCUACCUUAGCUCAGGGAUUUUUGUUACUGAUACACUGGGUGACCUUGAGUAAAUUGCUUAUUCAUUGUAGUAUUAUUUCAGCCCAUAUCUUUGGAGCCUAAAGUGCCAGGUAUUCCUGGAGCCAGCUUUUGUAGUUUGGGGAAAUGUUAACAUCUCCUUUUCCGUGACAAAUUUGUAGACGUUGCACAGAAACUUUAAAUGUGUGCAGAUAGGUUAGUGUAAAGUGUGUAGUAUUUUAGGUUCAACGUGAACAACAUGGUGUAUUGCUAAAAGUCAAAAUAAGCCUUUUUCCUCUUUUCCUGUAAUUAUUCUUAAUUUCUUUGCAUUGCUGUUAGAGCUGUUCAGCAGCUUUGGAUUUCUCCUUCGGAUGAGUGAAGAGUGCAACACUUAGGUGUGGUGAGUGUGUUGUUGCUUGGUUCCAGUAAUGAGCAUAGCUGAGAGUGUGUAUCAGUAUUUGCCUUUGACCUCACCGGAAUGGUCUACAGAGGAAUGGGAAACAGUCACCUGAUGGCUAUCUUUUGAGGAACCUGUAGCAGAUCCACGCAGAAACAUCACCACAGCCGCCUUGCUGCAGCAUGAGUAAUGUGACAAUGCUGAAGUCAAAACUGUUCUGACAGCACCUGGAGAACAAGGGAAAUAUGUAGGGUGGUACUGGAAAAAGAUUAAAAUGGUAUUGUAUAUGUGUUAAUUCUAGACAAAACUGAGUGAAGGUAGGAAAGUCUGAAAAGAGGUGUCCUUGGCCUGUAAUUCUGCAUUUAAGCAAAGUUCUCACUUUUAUGAAUUAUUC